CAGCAAGGCAAGCUGCCAUGGCACCACGUUUGGGAAUCUUUCUGAUUUGGGCUGGCGCUUGUAUCUUUCUCCAACUGGACCAUGUGGAUGGAGAUCUGCAGACGACGGGGGCUGACCAUUCUGCUACAGUGAACCCAGAUCAGCAGCUGAUUAUGACCAAACAUUCUGCUACAGUGACACCAGAAAAUAAAUGUGUUUUUCCAUUCAACUAUCGAGGCUAUCGGUAUUACGAUUGCACUAGGACUGAUUCGUUUUACCGUUGGUGUUCCUUAACUGGCACUUAUUCAGGGAGUUGGAAAUAUUGUGCUGCCACAGACUAUGCCAAAUGUGCCUUUCCCUUUGUCUACCGUGGCCAAACAUAUGACCGUUGCACAACUGAUGGAAGUCUUUUUCGCAUUUCUUGGUGCUCAGUCACUCCUAACUAUGAUCAUCAUGGAGCUUGGAAAUAUUGCUAGUAAUAAAAAGUGCAUCUAACCCAUGGCCAUGAAUGCAAUGAAGCCUUUGAAAUCUGCGUGAAGAAAAUCAAGAAAUCUCAAGCAUAAAGGUGAUGCUCUGUGCAACAGAGGUGCAAAACUUUCCCUGAAACUCCACUUUGUUCCCACUGUGCCUGAAUUCAAUCAAUAAACCACUUUCUCUGCA